AAACCAAGUCAAUAAAAGUGGAGCAGCCUUUGAUCCAGUCUGCCACCAGAAGUUGCUUUUAUGCUGAAUUUCGGUACAUCAUGUUGACCAGGACUACUAAUGACUCCAGUUUUAAUCCACUUAGUUUCCACAUUUAAUAAUCUCUACCUGGUUCUCUUGUCAUUGCACUUAUUGCUUCUAAAAUUUUUCUGCUUCAAGGAGUUCAACACGGGGCGCUUCACUUGUUUGUAAUUGAGGCAAAUUAGUCUGCUUUGAUACCUCUACUACUUAUUAAGGACGCAAGAGUACCCUGUCUCUGACUUUGUUCUGCCACCGGCCGUUCCGACAUCCGUGAAUCUGAUAGCCCAUUUUAGGGUCGCUAUGCACACUUUCUUCUGUGUAAUGCAACUUCAUUAGUGUUGCUAUGCACACUUUCUUCUGCACCAACCACAAUAUUCUCUUGGGAUGCUGUCAAUGGGAUGAAUGAAUUGCAUAUUUUAGGGUCUUUGCUACACUAUAGAGUAGAUGGGUUAUAAAUAUACAAAUCUCAGCUUCCUAUCCAUUCUUUCUAUCUAGAGUUGUAGACACCACAUAGUAUACAGCAGCAGGAGCAGUGCUUUGCUCAGUCCACCUUUGUUGAAGCUGGGCUGAGAGUGUAGGAGUGAAGCCCCAAGGCUCUCUGGUAGGCGAUCCACCACACUACCCGACCCCCACCCUUUUUCCUCAACUUGUAAAUUGUCGCCCCGACUACUCACUCUACCACCGCAAUCGCGUCAUCAUUAACAUUUCUUCUUCGUUCUUUUCAGGGCCAUCGAGGAUCGAUCGGGCGGCGGCGCCGUCGGGCAGAAGCGGUCGUCACCGGACAAGAUGCACAGGUCCACCAUGGACGUCGUCUACCACCACCACCACCACCAAGAGUCGCUGUUGACGGGCAACGUCGCCGCCACCGCCAGCGCCGGUAAGAAGCUGGGCGUGGAGCGGUUCGAGUUGCCGCUGAUCUACAUCUCGCUGUCGCGGAAGGAGAAGGACGACAAUUUCCUUGCGAUGAAGGGCACCAAGCUACCCCAGUGGCCCAAGAAAAGGGCCAAGAACGUGGAGACCCUCCAAGUAUUAAACACCUGGCCUGAGAUCGAUUUGAUCCUCUAUUUCUAACCCGAUCCAAAUCGAUCUCUGCUCUCAAAACUUAAACAUGUGCCCCUUGCUUUUUAUCAUGCAGUUUAUCUUCCUGGGGAUGUGGUGGGGUAGGGGCCAUAGGAUGGAUUUGAAUUCAUGAUAGUAUCUACACAUGUACACUGCUUAAAGAUACUAUGUACGUAUCUAUAUCUAUUACAAUUUUGUAUAAAUACUUUUUGAUAGUU